AAUUUCAUUAAGUGUUCAUUCGCCUGUAUGACUUUUGUGGUUUGAAAGUAAACUCUCUGCGCUCCCUCUUUGAAAUGCCAGGACAUGGUGUAGCUCGCAGCAAUGUCAAGGACCCAGGUGUGUUCGAAAAGUACCAGUGCCCUCACUGCAAACUACUGUUGAAGGAUGCCGUCCAACCUGUUUGCGGUCACUGGUUAUGUGAAAGCUGUGCUGACGAACUGCUUGAGUCUUCCUCACCAAAGUGUCCUCGGCCUGACUGCCUUGAAGAUCUUAACGCAGACGCAAAUGAGGGAGCAGAGUACUUUCCGGAUCGGUUUGUUCGGCGUGAGAUCGAGGGGCUGAUAGUAAGCUGCAGCAACCGCCCGGAGGGGUGCCAGUGGGAGGACAGGCUGGUGAAACUUGAUGAUCACCGAAAUAUCUGCUCAUUUGCCAUCCUAGGUUGCCAGUGUUGCGGAAAAAUCCUACCAGUAGACCAAAUAGAAUCUCACAAACUGGUCUGUCCAAAGGCAUUAAUGAAAUGCCCACUUGCAGAGUUUGGAUGCCAACAUACUCAACAGAUAACCAGAGAGGAGCUGAGGAAACAUAUUGCUACUCAUUCGUUGGAACAUUUCGAAAUGCUGGUUGAUACCUUACAGCUUUUUAAAAAGGAAACCAUGCAUCAUAUUAAACCGCUUAUCCCCCAAGCUGACGACGACAGCAAUGCAACCGGUCAAGAUUUUGGUCGAAUGUCAGAUGGAAUUGAGAGAGAUUGUGCAGUACCGAAAGUGGUGAAAUCGAAGGAAUUUCGAGCAGUUCUCCCAAACGUUCGAAGAACAACUUAUGAUGGGCUAGAGAGAGAUUAUGCUGGAGAGAAAAAAGCUUAUCAAGCAGUAUUUGCAGAUGGUCCAGGAGUAACUACGGACGGAUCAACAUAUGGCGGCCUACCUGACAGGAAUGCACUUGAAGUGCACGCUGCUACUACUUUCAGGAAUUCUUCUGCUACUACUUUGAAAAAUUCUACUUCAGUAUUGGAGGCAAAAUUUAAUGCUGACCUAAAACGAAAAGAUGAAGAAAUAACUACCUUGCGAAACAACAUGACAAAGCUUGAGAAAGCAAUGCGAUCCAAACAUGCAGAGUUCGAAGAUAGAGAUUUCCGAUUGUCGCUAAUUGAAAACAGUAACCAUGACGGCAAUAUGAUCUGGAAAAUCCCACAGUUCAGUCAGAGGAUGGCCGAUGCACAGAGUGGCAGAUACACCUCGAUUUUUAGCCUUCCGUUCUAUACAGGACGAUACGGCUACAAAAUGUGCCUUCGAUUGUACAUUCUGGGAGACGGUAUUGGAAAGAACACUCACAUGUCGCUGUUCUUCGUGAUCAUGAAGGGAGAAUUUGACAACAUUCUACAAUGGCCUUUCACAUCCAAGGUGACCUUCAAGCUGAUCAACCAGACAGGGAAUAGGGACAUCAUCGACACUUUCCAACCAGACCCCAUGAGCAGCUCUUUCCAAAAGCCAAAGUCUGAUAUGAACAUUGCUUCAGGCUGUCCAAGGUUCGUGUCUCACACUGAACUAAAGAAUGGCGGCUUUAUUGUUGAGGACACUGUAUUUGUCAAGUGCUCCAUUGACUGUGCCACUGUUAAGCAUCCCUAGCUGCCGUAUCAGACUCUACUAUAUAGUUAGUAAGUUAGUAUAUAUUUCGGAGUGUAUAUAAAGUUACCUG